ACGGACCUUGGCCUUCAAUAUUUGAAAUUUAAGAUGGAUAGCAAUCCACGUGAUUUUCGUCGAGUAUACUGUAUGUAUCCAGAUUGCUUCAUGAAAUUGUGUAUGGUCUUGCGAGAACGUGGGCAUUUACAAGAUACACGGUAUAUCAGCGUUGAGGAGAUGGUUGCUAUUUUCCUACUCACCGUUACUCAAAAUCAACGAUAUUGCAUCACCACUGAAAGGUUUGAUCGAUCCCGAUUUGCCGUCAGUGUUUGUUUCAAUAAGGCACUACAGGCCCUUGUGUCAUUAGCCCCUUGUAUGAUGGCUCCUCCUCCUACUGAUCCACCAGAAAAGGUCACAUCUGAAUCUCGUUUUUGGCCUUACUUCAAGGACUGUAUUGGUGCUAUUGACGGGACCCACAUUCCAUUGGGAUGGGAGGGAUCUGCCAAUAACUCACGGGUCCUGAAGGAUGCAAUGAGUAGAAGUGCAUGUAGUCUUCCACUUCCAAAUGGUAAAUUUUAUCUAGUUGAUUGUGGUUACCCAAAUAGGCUACAAUUCUUAGCUCCCUAUCGGGGUACGAGGUUUACAAUUUUUAAGUCUCAACCUCCAGGUUUUCCAUAUGAGACUCAAAAAAGUAUGAUCUGGGCAUGUAUCGGCCUGCAUAAUUUUCUGAAGAUGGAGAACUCCAACGAUGACUUUGAAGUUUCUGAUCUUCCUCCAGAGGCACCACGCAAUGUUGCUCCGAUUGAUGGUGAUUCUGAUGAGGACGAUGACCUACAAACUCAACAAGCACAACGGACAGCUGCACCACGUUGGAGAGAACAAAUGGCAAACACAAUGUGGGAGGAUGGGACAAACGUAGCCCAAGGAGUCUAA